AUGCAGCGACCAACAUGGAGAGGAGCCCCGGAUGUGAGCCUCAUCGAUCAUCAGAUUGCGCAUCCCGACUGCGAUGCCGCUCAGCUACAAGAAGCGCUGGAAAGAGGGUUUGGCCCUAACACUUGGUGGCAAAAAGCUCUGAUCGAAGAGAGUGAUCCUGAUCUUGAGCGCUCAAGCCGAUUUCCUGGUCAUAUCUCGUGGCGGAAUGUCAACACACCUCUUCACAGAUUUUCAUCAGCAAGGAAACUAGACGCGGUUCGUGUUCUCCUCAAAUAUGGCGCGCAGAUAGAGUUACGAAACGCUAUGGGGCGAACGGCACUGCACGAGGCCGUUUUGUGGGAUCGUUCUGAGGUAGUCAUGUUACUCGCUGAGAACGGAGCCGAUGCAAAUACGGUCAGUGAACCUGCAUCGUUCGAAGCUUACGAGACUUCUCGAUUGUGGUUUGCUGGACGAUUGCCUCUUUAUGAAGCCAUUUACAAUUCGAAUCUCGAGAUCAUCGUCACGCUGAUAACAGCCGGUGCAGAUUUCCACCACACAUCUGAAAGCGGCUGGACGAUCUUUGACCUUGCUAUCCUGCACAGGGAUAGGUCGAUUAUCACGCUGCUUCUCAAACAUGGAGCCCAAACAUCACAGUGUGCUCCCACUCGCUUUCCAUCUGAUAAGUGUAAGACAGCAUACUCACACGUCGUAAACCAACCAGAAUUCAUCACCGCCUGUGAAGACCUAUCCGUCUACCAGCACCCUUUGGACGUUUUUCUGGAAUUGCUUUCUCAGGCAGCGGAAUGGCCUAAUCCGGAGAGUUUUCAAGCAGCUCCGGUCUGCGUUGGCUGUGCUAAGGCUCUAGAACAGGCGUCUCCCGAGAAGCAAGGUCCGUUCGAAGUCCAUCCAAACAUGCGAUCUCUGGCUCAAACGAAGGAUGAAUGCAGUCUGUGUGCGAUCUUCGGCGACGCGUUCGAAGUAGGCUCCAACGCCAGUGCUCUAUUGCGCACGGAUGGUGAUGAUGACGAUGAAGCUGAAGACAGUCGCCCUGUAUCAGUGACAGUGGUGAUUGGGAAGUUUGGUCGUCACUUAACUGUGUCCUGCGGGAUACACGAAAAGAAACUGGACCUGUACCCAAUGUCUGAUGUGGAUUCUGCCCUCCCGACUCGCAUCAUCAACGUUGGGGAUACAUUAAACCCGCCGUUCCUUCACCAGAGCAACGGCGAGUGCGCUCCUUACGUGGCUCUUUCAUACUGCUGGGGCAGUAGCGGGAACUUUAGAACAACAAAGGAGUCUUUGCUAAAUAACUCAAAAGAGAUACCCUUACAAGCACUACCUGCAACUUUACGAGAUGCGGUCAUCGUCACAAGAGAGCUGGGUGUUCGCUACCUCUGGAUCGACGCAAUUUGCAUUGUACAAGACGACGCGGAAGAUUGGAACAGGGAAGCGGCUCAAAUGCAGAGCGUAUACUUGAAUGCUGCUGUCACAUUAUCAGCGAUGGCUUCUGAUGAUGCCUCGGGAGGGCUCUUCCGCUCCCGAGGACCCCGUUUCGUGAGUCCUGUUCAUCUACCACUGCAUUUCCCUCCCAGGGACCGACCCUCAUGGGGACAAAGGCCACCCAAGUUAUAUUGGUUCGUACUGCCCGCCCAGGCAUCGAUAAACCAGUUCAAGCCCGGUCCUGUCAGCUCUCGAGCUCGGACGCUCCAGGAACAGCAUCUAAAUCAACGGAUCAUUCACUUUGACCCAGAGAUGAUGUUUUGGGAGUGUCUGAGCUCGCAUGGCUCUGAGUUGGACCCUGAGGGUCAAAAUCACGCACACUCGAGCGUUCCGGGAGGUACACGUAAGCAAAAGCGCCUCCUACAAGGCUGCCCAUAUGCCCGAGAUCUGGAGAUCUACGGCCGAGAUACUGAUAGCGAGCACGCCAAGGCUACUGCUGUGAAAGACCGCCUCUCCGGAUACCUCUACGAACAGUGGCAAGAUCUAGUAUCUGAAUACUCUUCCAGAAGUUUGACUAACCUCACAGAUAAGAUCCCGGCAUUUUUGGGCUUGAGUAGGACUCUGGAAGCUCGGUUGCAGGACGAGUUCAUCGCUGGGAUAUGGAAGGAAAAUUUUUGGUGCACUGUCAAACCGGGGGUAGCAUCGAGAAAUCCUCACUAUCCGUCUUGGACGUGGGUCUCAGUUGAUGGCAAAGUCCAAUAUAGGUGCAAAUCUCUCAAGGGGAUCAGCUGGGAGCCUUCCAAGAUGGCGAUGGACAUUCAUACAUCUGGUCCCUCUCAGAAUCGUGUGACUGGAAACGUCAGACUGAAGAGCACUCUGCGCAGAUUCCCCGCACAUUUUCGCUUUGGGCUGUACAGAUCUUUGAAUGGGUAUGAAUUAGCAUCGCAUGCUUUGAAUCUUUUAUACAGUCGCACUGAUGAUGAUGCAACCAAGCGAGUCGCCAAGAGCUUUUUUGACCUAUCCGAUCAUAAUGCGAAAGAGCAAAAGGAGGACAAGAGGCUAGUUGAGGAAGGCUUUCGAGAUGUACGAAGCUCGUUCCAGGAAUCAGAAGAUUCUGCGAACGACUGGGAAGGCGCCGGAACCGACAUACACUGCGUGGUAAUUGCCCGCAUCCCCAAAGGACCGCCAGUUUCCACUGGGAAAGGUGCUCGUUGCUACGCCGGCCAUCCGUUCCCACAUGGGAGACCCGCAUCGGUCAUUUGCAUCUGUCUUACACGUGUCGGUGAUGGACAGCCCGAAGCCGGGCUGACAGGAGAUGUGUACCGUCGAAUAGGUCUUUGCGAGUUCUGGGACCGACUAAGAUUCUGGGAUGGCGCCAUGAAGGAUGAGUGGGUUACCAUCAUCUGAUCCCGUCAAAAGAUCGAACAAACGUUUGAAGCUGACCGAGGAUGUCUACGCUAGGCUGCGGUGAAGACUGCCUUCCAGGGUAGUGCAUGCGACGAGGCUUAGCGGAUGCUAGUCACAUCGAGCAUUCUGCUCUGGCACAACAAGAACUUGCGGACAGUGAUCGUCAUGUGAAUGCACGUGCAGAGAGUGAUCUGUUGGAUGUUUGGAUGAUGAAAUUUCUGGGUUGGAGGAGAUCUUCUUCGUGGAGGUGUCCAGUGCGAGGUGAUAAAGUGGGACUAAGACGUUCAAGGCCGACCCAGCGCAGAUCCUUGUACGCCGUACUGAACAGGCAGCUACCUUCCAACUUACUUUGCAUGGAGCAUGGCGAGGAC